AUGGACGACGCCUUUGGGCUCGAUCCCACCAGCGACGAGUUCCAGGCCGUGAAGCGCGAGAUGGAACGCCUGGAAAGGGCGCACGCCUCCCAGGUCCUCAGCAAGGAGAAGCAGGUCAAGAGGCUUAGGCGGGAGGUUCGAAGGGUCCGACAGGAGUCGGAAAUGGCGGUCAAUGAGAUGCAGCCGCAGCUCCAGAAGCUGGUGGACCUGGUCAAAGAUUCCAAGGCCGAGGCUGCAGAGAUGGAGGAGCAGCUGUCCGCCGUAACCGAAGCUCUGCACGAGGAGAAGGAGGGGCACCGAGAGGACGUCGAGGCCUUGCAGCAGCAGCUUGCCGACGAGAGGACGGAAGGGGACGCCGAAAAGGAGGGGCUCCGUCAGACCCUGCAGAUGCUGCAGAGGGAGCUGGGGGACCAACAAGCGGCCUUGAGCGAGGCCAACCAGCGGCUGGAGCAGGCGCUAUCUAGAAGCACCGAGAGCGAGCGGAUCUCGGCCGAGCUGGGCCUGGAAGCGCAGCAGCUGAGGCAGCGUCUCUCCGAGGCGUUGAACGAGGCCGCCGUCGCCGGCAAUAAGCAGGCCCCCGAUAACGCCUCCGCUGCCGGCGACGGCACCGGAGAUGGCGACACGGGCAGUGCUGCCGCCCAAGACAGCGCCGACGAUUCCGACGCCAGAACCGCCCCCGAAGACGCCGCCGCCAUCGACGGCCUCAAGAGAGAUCUGGAGCAGGCCGCCCGCCGGCUCCAGGAUAACGCCUCCACUCUCGAGGAACAACGGGAGCAGUGCGCCGAGCUCCAGACUAGCCUCGCCGCCGAGCGGACCAUCUCCGAGGAGCUACGCGAGGGCUCGCAGGCGCUGCUUGCCAGGGCGGAGGGUGCCGAGAGGGCGGAGGGGGAGGCGAUGGCGGCGGCGGCGGCGGAGGCUAGGCGGGCGGCGGAUGUGAGGGAGGCGGCGGAGCUGGCGGAGGCCGAGCUGUCCCGCCUGCGCGGGCGCGCUGCGGAGUGGGAGGAGGAGGAGAGACGGGCCGCGGAGCUCAAGGGAACGCUUGAGUCCACGAGGGACGCGCUGGAUGAGCUAAGGGUUUCAGCGGGCGAGGCUGAAGCCACCGCCGAGCGUCGGCUGAGAGAGCUCGAGGGACUCCUGGAGGAGGCGUGUUCGGAACGGGAUCAGUACCGGGAGCACACCGAGUCCGGCUCCGAAGCGCUGGCAGAGAAACUGCGCUCCAUGGAGGCCCAGCACACGAAGAGCAUGGACGAAGCGGCAUCGCGAGCGGAGACCGCCGAAUCUGAGACGGAAACCCUAAGGGAGGCCGUGUCCCAAGCCAUGGCACAGGCCGAGGCGGCCGAAUCAGAGAUAGAAACCCUAAAAGAGGCCGCGUCGCAAGCAACGGGGAGGGGGGAGACUGCCGAAUCAGAGAUGGAAGCCCUGAGGGAGGCCGUGUCUCAAGCAACGGGGAGGGCAGAGACUGCCGAGUCGGAGAUGGAAACCCUAAGGGAGGCGGUGUCGGAAACAACGGGGAGGGCGGAGACUGCCGAGUCGGAGGCGGAAACCCUUAGGGAGACGGUGUCUCAAGCAACGAGGAGGGCGGAGACUUCCGAGUCAGAGAUGGAAACCCUCGGGGAGACGGUGUAUCAAGCGACGGGAAGAGCGGAGACUGCCGAGUCGGAGGCGGAAACUCUCAGGGAGGCCGUGUCGCAAGCGGAGCAGCGGGCGGAUGCGGCGGAAUCGAGAAUCGAAACCCUUGAUGAGGCGUUGGCUCAAGCAAGGGGGCGGGCGGAAGCGGCGGAGGCUGCGGCUGGCGAAGUUGGCGAAGCGGAGGUGCGGGCAUCGGGGAUGAAGGAGGAGAAUCGGGCACUGGAAGAACGGCUGGCUCGUCAGGAAGCAGCGUUGUCGCAGGCGCAGGUUGAGGCGGAGGCUCAGGAAGCGGAGAAAUCUUCACUAGCCGUCGCCGUAGGGAAUCUUGAAACGGAGAGGGACAACCUGAGGGCCGAGGUCGCCAAGGCUGAACGACUCGCCGCAGAGCUGGCGGCCGCCCACAAGGAGGAGCAGCUCAAGGCUUCCCAAAACAAGGACCAGGACACAAGUCCCGAAAGCGACACCCCAGUGGUGAUGACACCAACGGAUUCCGAGCAAGACACGGCCGCUGCGACCGCGCUAGUCGCCGACCUCCGCACGCAACUCGAGCAAGAGACGGUGGCGCACGAGGAGGCGCAGGCGGGGUUGCGGGAACAGCUCGUCGAGGCGGCGACGAGCCUGGAGGAGGCGGAGGCGGCACUGCAAGGGAAGACGCAGGCUUUGGAAGAAACCCGGCAAAAUCUGGUGGAAGAAUCCCAGCAGGAUCUGGCAGAAGCCCGCCAAAAUCUGGAAGGGAACCGGCGGGAUCUGGAAGAAACCCAACAAAAUCUGGAAGAAUCCCAGCAGGAUCUGGAAGAAACCCGACAAAAUCUGAAAGAAUCCCGCCAAAGCCUGGAAGAAUCCCGUCAAGAUCUGGAAGAAACCCGGCAAAAUCUGGAAGAAACCCGACAGGACUUAGAAGAGACGAGCGCGAAGCUGGAGGAGACGGAAGCGGCCCGCGCCGAGUUAGACCUCGAGGUUUCGACAAGAGCCGCGCAAGAGCAAGCGGCGGCGGCGAGCUGCGAGGCUGCGGAGACGGCCCUCGGCCUAGCCGAAGAAGCAGCGGCCGCUGGCCGGGCGAAGCUGGGAGCGGAGCUAGGCUCCGCCCUGGAGUCCCUGGGCGAGGCGCGGCGGGAGUUGGACGAGGCCAGGCGGGCGGAAGCGGAAGCCCGGGCCGCCGUCGCCACGGCGGAGGAGCAGGCGAGGGAGGCCGGCGGCAAGCUGGAAGACGAGCGCGCUCGCGCGGAGGCGGCGCUGAGGCAGGUGGAGGAGCUGCGGGCGGUGCUAGAGCAGACGGGCAGGGAGGGCGAGGCGGCGGCCGGGGCGAGGGCGGAGGCGGAGGAGCUGCGGCGGCAGCUGGAGGGCACCCGGCAGGAACUAGGCGAAGUAGAAGAAGCCCUGUCUUCACAGACGUCCAAGGCCGAGGAGGCCCUCGCCCGAUUGUCAUCGAUGGAGCAAGAGCUCGCCUUGAUGGAGAAGGCUCUCGGGGAGGCGACAGAGGCGGCGGCAGCGGCGGCGGCGGCGGAGGCCGAAGCCGACGAGGAGACGGCGGCGGCGACCUCUGCCCUCCGAGAGGAGAUGGUGUUGGCGCUGGAGCAGGCGGAGGAGGAGUCGUCGGAGUUGCGACAUCAGAUCAACGCCGCCGAGGCGACGAUCGCGGACAUGGACGCCGCCCGAGCAGCCGCCAACGAAGAAACCGCCGCUCUCAGGGCAGAGCUCGCCGCGGCCGUCGAGCAAGCAACGGAGGCGGCGGCGGCGGCGGCGGCGGCGGCGCAAGCGGCGAGGGUCGGCGCGGAGGCGGAGCUCUCGGCGGAGCUCUCGGCGGCGCAGGAGAUGCUGCGGCGGGAGCUGGUAGCGGAGACAGAGGCGGCGGUGGGCGCGGAGCGGGUGGAGGGGGCGGAACGCGUCGCGGCGGCCGAGAGGGAGGUGGAGGGCCUGCGCAUCAAGCUCUCGGAGACCUCUCACCACAUCACCACAGAGUUCUCCCUCCAUGAUGGUCGGAUCGUCACCAAACCUUGAAGGUUGUACGCACCACACCUGUAGGCGUCUUUCAAGCUAGUGGUGACUGCUGUGGGGUCUGUGUGUGCUGAGAAAU